GAGCCGGCGGGGGCGGGAGGCAGGCGCCGUGCGGGCUGUCAGCUCCCCGGUCACGGCCGCGGCAGUCAGACACGCUAAGGAAACGCCGUGGUGCUGUGCAGCAAUACAUGGCACAGCGAGCGGCGAGGAGGAGCCUGCUUUGUUUGCAGCUUUGCUUUACUGGCUGUCAUGAUUUACAAGGGAGAAACGUGAAAAGCCACCCCCUUUUCCAGGACACAGAAACGUGGUGGAGAUGCCUCCGGGCGCCAGAGCUUUAUUCUGCUCGGAAGGGCCUUUUUGCCUGCGGACCCCAUUCAGUCAUUAACCUGUGGAGCGGUGGAGCGAGGAAGGCAGGAACCUCGCCAUGGGCUACGACAGAAGCUGGCUGCCGAGGAACGGCAGCGAGCAGGGCCCGUACCAGGCUGUGGGCAGAGCGCUAGGCAUGAGGAACGCCUCGGCGGGGCCGCUGGUGUGGCAGGGCGGGAACGGCAGCGGGGCUGGCGCGGCGCAGGGCGAGGAGCACGGCGAGGAGCAGACCUACCGGCACUUCACCACCACCGUGCAGGUUGUCAUCUUCGUAGGCUCCCUGCUGGGUAACAUCAUGGUGCUGUGGUCAACGUGCAGGACGUCAUUGCUGAAGUCUGUCACAAACAGGUUCAUUAGGAACCUGGCCUGCUCGGGGAUCUGUGCCAGCCUGGUCUGUGUGCCUUUUGACAUCGCUCUCAGUGCCAGUCCACACUGCUGCUGGUGGAUCUAUACCAUGCUCUUCUGCAGAAUCGCCAAGUUCCUGCACAAAGUCUUCUGCUCAGUGACCAUCCUUAGUUUUCCAGCCAUUGCUCUUGACAGGUACUACUCUGUUCUGUACCCCCUGGAGAGGAAAAUAUCUGAUGCCAAAUCCCGAGACCUGGUCAUCUACAUCUGGGCCCACGCAGUAGUGGCCAGCAUCCCAGCGCUCGCCGUGACCAACGUGUCUGACAUUUAUGCCAUGUCCACCUGCUCCGAACCCUGGAGCUACUCCCUGGGGCACCUGAUCUACGUCGUCGCCUACAACAUCACCACCGUGAUCGUGCCGGUGGCUGUGGUGUUCCUCUUCACCAUCCUCAUCCGCAGGGCGCUGAGCGCCAGCCAGAAGAAGAAGGUGAUCAUCGCCGCCCUGAGGACCCCCCAGAACACCAUCUCCAUCCCCUACGCCUCGCAGCGGGAGGCCGAGCUCCAGGCCAUGCUGCUCUCCAUGGUGGUCGUCUUCGUCUUCUGCAGCGUGCCCUACGCCGCCCUGCUGGUCUACCGCUCCGUGCUCGCCGCGCCGCGCGUCUCGGGCUCCCUGCUGCUCACGGCCAUCUGGCUGCCCAAGGUGUCCCUGCUGGCCAACCCCCUGCUCUUCCUGACGGUGAACAGAUCGGUGCGGAGGUGCCUGCUGGGGACGGUGCUGCAGCUGCACCGCAGGUACAGCCGCAGGAACGCCGUCGGCGCUGGGGGCGCUGCCGACGGGGGCCUGGAGCCCAGCCUGCGCUCGGGCAGCCAGCUGCUGGAGAUGUUCCACAUCGGGCAGCAGCAGAUCUUCAAGCCCACGGAGGACGAGGAGAACGAGACCAGAUCCGUGGGCUCUGGUGACUUCCCACCGAAGGAAGCUCCUGCCGGCGGCUCCGAGGGCAGAGAGACUUCGGCUCACAGAUUGAUGGCACAGACGGCCUCGGACUCUGCUGCUCAGGUGGCACCAGCUGUGCCCACAGAUGCCGAGGCAGUACAUGACAAAUACUCCAUGCAGUUUGGGUUUGGACCCUUUGAGCUGCCUCCACAGUGGCUUUCAGAAAACAGAAACAGUAAGAAGCGACUCCUGCCUCCUCUGGGGAACACCCCCGAGGAGCUGAUCCAGACAACACAGCCCAGGGGCAAAGCAGAGAGGAAAAUCAGCAGGAGCAAUAAAGUCAGCAUCUUUCCCAAAGUGGACUCUUAGUAAGAGCAGGAGAUGGCAGUGACAGAGGAGGGUCACCUUCUGCUCUCUGUGUGAUCCCAUGGAUCUUUGUUAUGCUGAGAUUUGUUCCAGGCUGAUUGGUUUUGGUGCCAAAUGGAACUGAGACAAAGAGAAAGGAAUGGUAAAUACAAGUGCUCCUUAUUCUUGUGUGCAGCAGGUGGUGCUGGUUCUGAUUUCCCUGGGAAAGCCCCGCAGUGGUACCUGACUGGCUGGGCUUCCCAAAGCUCCUCUGGCUUCAGGCACACUUC